AUGGCUCCCAAGAGAAAACCCUCGUCUCAACAUCCCACCUUUGCGCCAUCUUCUGGUGACUCGCAGUCAUCACAACCCUUGACUUCCUCACUUCCCCAGAUUCAUUUCACAAGAGUUUGGACAGACCAAAUCCAUGAUGAAACCAGCUAUGUUCAACAUGAUAGAUCGGGAGGUCCCAAUCUCCAGCCUACCGGGGUCCCAUCUAUGUUGCGUUCCCCCAGCAGAUCCCGAGAUUCGAAACGACAGAUGUCUCCAGGGCACCAUUUAAUGAGCGACCCUAGAGGAAAUCCUCAUUCCAACCUAUUGGACUCACCAAAUCCCCCAGGGUCUAUGCCAACCACACCCGAUCUUUCAGCCCUUGGUGGUUGGGAGCUGCCGCUAUUCUGCCCUUGGCGGAGUGUUGACAACCUGCACUCGACGCCCAUAACAUAUCCCAUUCAUGGCCCCAAUGCAAUCCUCAACACACAGAGAGAGCACCCAGGUAUGGACAUUGUUGCACCUCCCCCAGAACCAGCGUCUUCGUCAUCAGCCAUCCCAGAUGGUGAUCAAAAGAAAACAGUUCUCAGCGCCACAAAGCUCCUACUCCAAACCGCAUCCUCUGCUCUCAAGAUAUCUCCUAUUCCAUAUGUCAGCCAAAUCCUGGACCUCCUUCUGGCAUUGCUCCAAGCUUAUGAGCCACUUGAACUGUAUGCCGGUCAAACUGUCCCUCCCGAAUUAAUUGCUCCACUCAAAAAAUUUCACGGUGCAUUGGAAGAACAGAUCAACCAUAUUGAAUUCCUCAAGCAUCAAGGGCUCUUCAAGAGAAUGGUGAUGGCAUCAAAUAUCGCCAACGAUAUAAGCAACGUGAAGGCAUGCAUCAAUAAGGCUAUUACUUUGAUGGAGGCAUCGAUUUUAACCCUGAUGCAGACAAUUCAAGCAUCGAUGGAAUUGGAGCUAUCAAAACUCAAGCGAGCACCUGCCGAACACACUUACAUGAAGAGCAAGUCUGAAUGCCUCCCAACUGUCAUGGCCAUGCAUUCUGGCCCGUUAGCCACCCAUCCCAAUGCCACCCGAGCCCAUUCCUGCUAUGCGAGUGUGAGCGCGAGCCCUGACCUCAGCCCUAUCCUCCCUGAGGACUCCCUGCUCACUCCCCUGCUUGCCCCUAGGCUCCCCUGCACCUGGCUGACUCCCCCACAGCCACACCAACCUUCCCACCCCAAGUCCGCCCCCAGCACCGUGCCCAGUGUGACUCCUCUACCCCGCCCACUUGGCCCCUACAGGGCUGCUACCAUUCCCGCGCCCGACUCCGGCCCAACUCCGAGUCCAGUGCCGCUAUGA